UGAACGAUGUCAUGAAUGAUGUCAUUUACCUCAACCCAUCAACGUGCUCAACGUGCUCAACAACGUAACUACUUAACACCUACGAUAACAGACGAUAACGCGAUAAGGACAGUUUCCGGGUACCCCCUAAGACUUAAAUUAACACAAACACGUAUUCCCUCCUAUGUAUGUACUCCUUCCAUUCCAUUCCCGCUAUCCAUCUAUCUGUUCAUCUGUCUGUCUAUCCUUCUAUCGAAUUCAUUCACACCUUCCGGCUUCACACCUUCGAGCGGGUGUAUACUCCCUCCGAUAGAAAUAAGAAGUGAGAAGUUCUAUCGGAGGGUGUAUACAGGCUUGCCUUGUCUCGGCUUGUCUCGGCUUGUCUCCUUCUAUGGACCCUUAUGUACCACCUUCGCUGGAUCAUUAUAGAAACCGUUAAUGUGCAUCUUUAAUCCUACAUACAUACAUAAUAGGAGGGAUAGGAGGGAGGCUCACAGAGGAGGGAGGAGUGAUACAGGGAUAGGAGGGAGGAGUAAUAAAGGGAUAGGAGGUAUAGGAGGGAGGCACAUAAU